CACAUGACCCGGCCGCGGCCCGCUGAGUGCGCAGCCUACGCCGCUCCCGCGUCCGCGCUCCGCCCCGCGUGCCGUACGUGCCGUGCGUGAGCGUGCGCGGGCGCGUCGGCCGGCGAGGGAGCAGCAAACCGCCGGCGGCUGGCGCCGCGCUGGGGGCGGGCGGCGCGGAGUAGGCGGCGGCGGCCAUGGCCGAGGCGUCGCCGCAGCCCGGACGGUACUUCUGCCACUGCUGCUCCGUGGAGAUCGUCCCGCGCCUGCCGGAUUAUAUCUGUCCAAGAUGCGAGUCUGGUUUCAUCGAGGAGCUUCCGGAAGAGACCAGGAGCACAGAAAAUGGUUCUGCCCCCUCCACAGCCCCCACGGACCAGAGCCGGCCACCGGUGGAGCACGUGGAUCAGCACCUGUUCACGCUGCCGCAGGGCUACGGACAGUUUGCUUUCGGCAUCUUCGAUGACAGCUUCGAGAUCCCCACGUUCCCUCCUGGGGCGCAGGCUGACGAAGGCAGGGACCCUGAGAGCCGGCGGGAGAGAGACCAUCCGUCCCGGCACCGGUAUGGCGCCCGGCAGCCCCGCGCCCGCCUCACCACGCAGCGGGCCACCGGCCGGCACGAAGGCGUCCCCACGCUGGAAGGGAUCAUCCAGCAGCUUGUCAAUGGCAUCAUCACGCCCGCCACCAUCCCCAGUCUGGGUCCCUGGGGAGUCCUGCACUCAAACUCUAUGGACUACGCCUGGGGGGCCAAUGGCCUGGACGCCAUCAUCACACAGCUCCUCAAUCAGUUUGAAAACACGGGCCCCCCACCGGCAGAUAAAGAGAAAAUCCAGGCCCUCCCCACCGUCCCCGUCACCGAGGAGCACGUAGGCUCCGGGCUCGAGUGCCCUGUGUGCAAGGACGACUACGCGCUGGGUGAGCGUGUGCGGCAGCUGCCCUGCAACCACCUGUUCCACGACGGCUGCAUCGUGCCCUGGCUGGAACAGCACGACAGCUGCCCCGUCUGCCGAAAAAGCCUCACGGGACAGAACACGGCCACGAACCCCCCGGGCCUCACUGGGGUGAGCUUCUCCUCCUCGUCGUCGUCCUCCUCCUCCAGCUCGCCCAGCAACGAGAACGCCAUAGGCAACUUGUGAGCCCGCGUCGGCCGCCGGGAAAGCACGGGUCCUUUCCCACCCACCCGCCCGCAGCCGGGGCCACACGGCACCCAUGGACUGGUGCCCCGACGGGCCACGCUUGGCUGGUCAGCGCUGCAGGUCCCGCCUGUUCCAGGGCAGGAUCCGGGCCCGGCCCACUGGCCCCCUGGCUCGGGAAGGCGUGGACCACAUGGUCCCCGCUGGGGCGUCCCCAGCCUCCCCGUCCUCUCUCUAACCUCACCCUCUAAACGUUCAGCAGUGGAAAGAUUUUUAUAAUUUUAAAUUAUUACUGCUUUGAAAUAAAUGGACGUUUUAGCUCACACGGCGGCCAUGCAUGAUUUGUGGCAAAAGACGGGGCGCAGCUGCCCCACAGUGCUGCAGGUGCCGCCAGGACAGGCUGCGUGGGCCCCCGGCCUCCCCUCGGCCGCCUCCACGACCCGGAGUUCGGGGGCUCGGGACCAUGAGGAUGACCAGCAAAAUUCAAGAACAAAAUUGCUCCAACAGACUUUUUUAAAGGAAAAAAUAUGUGUAUCUUGAAAGCUAUUUAAAAUACACUACUUACAAAGAGAAAAAAAAAAAAAAAAA